UCGUAUGUUUUAGCCGCCAGUCCCCUGAUCAUCUUGGUUGCUCUUCUCUGCACUCUGCACGGCUUUGAAGCCGCAAUGCGCGUCUUGCAGCAGCCAGAUCCUGUAAAUGUGUCACGGAGGCCGAGGCUGGGAUCUGCUGGGCUGAGAUUCUUGGCGGCCUUUAAUGCAGCUUCACUUUCCUUGCUGCAGGCGGCUUGGCUUCCUGCAGAUCUCCCUCUCUCUAUGCUUCUCUUCCUCUCUCCCCCCCCCUGAUUUUUCUCUAAGAACCGCAGGAGGGGAGACCAUGUAUGCUGGCUCUCCGGCUGUGUGAUGGUGGGCUGCUUGCCGGUGUGCGCGUUUGGUCUCUCCUGGUUACGUAAGCAAGAUGCAUCUUUGCCUCUGCUCCAGUCUUGUCACAUGGUACCAAGUGACGUGUCCUUGUGAAAUCCAGUCGCCGGAAGCCCCGGAGAAGAUGUCAGGAAUGCAGGCUGUCUGGCCUUCCGGCACCGAAUGCAUCGCCAAAUAUAAUUUCCACGGCACAGCUGAUCAAGAUCUCCCCUUCAGCAAAGGAGACGUCCUCACCAUCAUCUCGGUCACCAAGGACCCCAACUGGUACAAAGCAAAGAACAAAGUGGGCCGUGAGGGCAUCAUCCCAGCCAACUACGUUCAGAAACGCGAAGGGAUGAAACCUGGAAUCAAGCUUAGCCUGAUGCCCUGGUUUCACGGGAAGAUUACGCGUGAACAAGCUGAGCGGCUGCUGUACCCUCCGGAGACGGGCCUGUUCCUGGUGCGAGAGAGCACCAACUACCCGGGCGAUUAUACCCUCUGCGUCAGUUGCGAAGGCAAAGUGGAGCAUUACCGCAUCAUCUACUCCUCCAGCAAGCUCAGCAUUGACGAAGAGGUCUACUUCGAGAACCUCAUGCAACUCGUGGAGCACUACACCUCGGACGCUGACGGGCUCUGCACUCGACUGAUGAAGCCGAAGGUGAUGGAGGGCACCGUGGCGGCGCAAGACGAAUUCUCACGGAGCGGAUGGUCCCUCAACAUGAAAGACCUGAAGCUGCUACAGACCAUUGGGAAGGGAGAGUUUGGAGAUGUGAUGCUGGGCGAUUACCACGGGAACAAGGUUGCAGUGAAGUGCAUCAAACAUGACGCAACCGCACAAGCCUUCUUAGCUGAAGCGUCGGUGAUGACACAGCUCCGGCAUAGCAAUUUGGUCCAGAUGUUGGGGGUGAUCGUGGAGGAGAAAGGGGGCCUCUACAUUGUCACAGAAUUUAUGGCAAAGGGAAGUCUAGUCGAUUAUCUUCGCUCUCGAGGAAGGUCUGUGCUGGGAGGCGAAUGCUUGCUGAAAUUUUCCUUAGAUGUCUGCGAAGCCAUGGCGUACUUGGAAGCCAACAAUUUCGUUCACCGGGACUUGGCAGCGAGGAACGUGUUGGUCUCGGAGGACAACAUUGCCAAAGUCAGUGACUUUGGACUGACAAAGGAAGCUUCCUCCACCCAGGACACCGGCAAACUCCCGGUGAAAUGGACAGCACCAGAAGCACUUAGAGAAAAGAAAUUUUCAACCAAAUCAGACGUAUGGAGUUUUGGAAUUCUUCUCUGGGAAAUCUAUUCCUUUGGGCGAGUGCCUUAUCCGAGAAUUCCUCUGAAGGACGUGGUCCCUCGUGUGGAAAAGGGGUACAAGAUGGACUCUCCAGAUGGCUGCCCCCAGAUUGUCUACGAGGUGAUGAAAAAAUGCUGGACUUUGGAUCCCGUCCACCGGCCGUCCUUCCACCAAUUACGGGAACAGCUAGAGCAUAUCAAAGCCAACGAGCUCUACCUGUGAAGCCGACUGGAGGGCGGGGCUUCUCUUUGGACACACCCUCCCUGCCUUCUCCCCGGGGCACAGACCUCAGGGGUGAGGCUGGGUGAAGAAACCUCCCCCCCCCCACACACACCCGAGCGAAGCAGGUUGUUUGUUUUUUCCAGGAAUCCAAAUUUCUCCACUGUACUUAGAGAAACGUACGGACGUUGGACCUCUCCCCAGAGGCCCGAUGGGUAGGUGGGGAGCAUGGUUCCCUUCUCCCAAGUCUCUUUCUCAGCUGAAUCACCCGAAGAUGCCCAUGUGGGAACGAACAUGGAGAUGCUCACUUCCCCUUCCUGUCCUUUAAAAAAAUCCGUUUCACUGCAAAGGGUCAAUCAUACCAUAUUUUAGUUGCACAUUCUUCAACGUCUUUGAGUCCUUCUUUCUUCUCGUGGAUUCCCCCCCUCCCUUUUCCUUUAAUUCAUGCCCACCUCCCUCCUUCCCCCCCCCAUACACCUUUUUCAGCCUCCCUCUGGAACCAAACACGUACAUGUUCUCGUUUCGUAGGGAAACCUAAGAAGGGCGGACCAUGCCAAAAAAACACAAACAAACAGAAAAACAAACAGUGGCAGGACAGCUAUUAAAGGCGCAAAUUUUCUUGGGGAAAGAGAGUGACUUUCUUAACUUUCUCAAAAAGACCCCCGAGUGCUGGAAUUCACAAUCCGGUGUCUUCUUCCUUCCGAAGACACCUUCCCCCCAAAAGAUAAUUGGUUUUCGUUCCUUUUUUUUUUUUUUUUUAAUUUUCAGGGUUUUUCUUUUUUUUUUUAAAGAAAAAACUAUUAACAAUUUCAAACUGCACCGGAAACCCGCUGUUGGGCUGGGUUUUAAACUCAAGUUACGAGUCUUAUUUUUUCAUGUAAUGAAUAAAAUGGGGUUUUUUUAAAAAAGAAGAAGAAGAAGAAGAAACAUCUGCGUGCACGGGGAACUCUGCCUUAUCUGAAUCGGGUCCUGACCAAACCGAGGCGGAGUUUUGUUCUCCGGAAAAGCAGAGCUACCCCAGCAAGGGGGAUUGGAUGGGUUUUGUUUAGUUCUUGCUUCAAACCGUGAUUGCAUGCUGCCUCCAGAAUCCUUUCCCAGUCAUGUCUUUAUGCUCAUAUUAUGCUGCCAACUGUGAGAUUAAGCUGCAUUAAAAGAAAAGGAAAAAAAACCAAACAAACCACUCAACACUCCAUAAUGAAGAUGUAA